GUUGUGCGUGGCUGCCUUGGCAAUGGUUUGAGCCGUUUCGGUUAACGUUUGCGGUGGGUGAGGAGCUCGACCGGGCGGAGGGCGGCGAGCGCGGCUCCCAAUGGGUGAGACAAAGCCAGGUGGAGGGCAAAGGACACUGCAUCUUCGGUUGACCGAUUGGGGCGUGCCGAGUGGUGGCAGCUUUGUGCUGUGGGCUGGUGCCCAUGAGGAACUCCCAAAGUUCAUCUUGCAUGGGAUCCUGACAGCCAGCAUACGGAAUUGACUGUCAUCAAAUUUUCAGCAAGGUGUAAAGUCUGGUCCAGACAUCACAGCUUGUAGCCAGAUGGCAACCUGAAGAUCUUGAACUCCAUGGUCAAGAAAUGGCAGUUAUUGUGAAAUCAGGAUCUCUAGUAACAGCCAACUGGCUUAACUCAGUGGAAGCCCGGGAAUAUCUGGCUAGCAUCUUGCGCAAAAACAAGAGAAAAGUGUUUGGAUUACUUGAGCGACCAGUGCUCUCCCCACAGUCUGCACCGGAUAUUGCCAGUUACAAGAUCUUUGUGUCUGGGAAGAGCGGUGUAGGAAAAACAGCAGCAAUUGCUAAGUUUGCUGGUGUAGAAAUCCCCAGCCUUCAUCAUGAGACCACAGGAAUUCAGACAAGGACAGUUUAUUGGCCAGGAAAGCUGGUGGAGAGUGGCCGUGUGAUCAUGUUUCGGUUUCAGUUCUGGGACUGCGGUGAAGCCUCCCUGAAGAAGUUUGACCACAUUCUUGCUGCCUGCAAGGACAAGGCUGAUGCAGUCUUGUUCUUGUUCUCUUUCACUGAUCGCUCAUCAUUUGACGAUUUACCUAGCCAAAUGUCACGCAUCCUGCACGAUUCUGAGAAGAUUGUGAAAAUUAUUAUUGGCACAAAAUUUGACCAAUACAUGCACACCGAUGUCACAGAGAGGGAAGUUCGUGCUUUCCAGCAGACGUGGCACUUGCCUGUCUUCAAAAUUAAGAGUGUCAAUGGUCCACGGUUGUCAGAUGGAAAAACUCUUGAUGGCAAAGCAGGACUUCUGGAGGUAGAGCACAUACUGAAUGGAAUGGCUGAACAACUCUGGUACCAAGAUCAAGUGACAGCAGGACUUGCCCCUGCUCUGCACCACCGCUGAGAUCUUUCAGCCCUUACUGAGCUAACUACAGCCUCUUUCCAGAUGACAUUCUUCUUAAUCUUUGCCUACCCACAAGUUGUGACUCAUACUCAUUGGGCCAAAUCUGUUUGGUUGGUACCACAGCCAUUAUCAGCUGCUUUACUCAACGCUCAGAAACAUAUGAUAGUUUCCUCCAUUCUGUCAGCCAUUAGCAUUUAAGGAGUUUUCUGAAGAAGGAAACAAAUUUCACCCCAAGGCAACAAUGUGACAUCAAAUUAGUUCAGCAUGGAGGAAUGUUGGAAGAGCCUUUGUCAACCGCAACCUUUAGAACCAGUUUCAAACUGCAAAGUGAACUAAUGUGACGAGAAGAGACCUGUUCUCAACCUCUAUUCAAUUUACCACCAUCCACAUUGAUUAAUGGAAGCUACAUUUGCAAGUUACAGCAUGUGAAGCCAAGUUUAAAGGUGCAGGUUUGACUCAGUUAGCUGGGAAUAAAGCUGGCAAUCUCUGGAAAAUCUGGCGCACUUCACACCAUGUCAUGAGGAGUGUAACAUUUUUAUAACAACUGAGAUGAGUAUCCCAAGCUAUGUAUUCCAACUGAAUUUAUCCUCCGCAGAUCAAUGAUUAAUAUAGUGCACAGCAAUUAUCACAGAUCAUGGUUUGGUAAUUACUACAGAUAUGUUAAUGAGGUUACCACUGAGGGGCACUAACUCUUGAUGGUGAAUGGUGCCUCAGCUGAAACAGCCCGUAGUUCACCCAGUCCUUCCUUGCUGUGGAAGUCUGAUGACUAAGUGUUGACAGGGGUUUCUGCUGUGAACAGCAUCACUGUUAAACCUGAUUUUGUACGUGUCCAAUAUCAUCACAAAGGGCUAAAUGAUGGGAAUCUGACUCAGCCUGGUGACACGGGCCAAGUAGGCCCAAGUCUCAGGUCACCUAACCCAGCAUAGACUGGGAUUGAACUUGGUGCUCCUGCUCUGUAAAGGUAGCAUCAAUAUUUAAUUUAGCAAUUAGGGAUGCUUAAUUUCUUAUUGGUGUUAACUAAAAUUUGAUAGGCCAUUCCAUUGACAACAGAAAUGUUGAAUGAUGGAAAAUGAUUCCAGUUGUUUUUCCUUUGUGAAGACACAGUUGAUGGCUUCGAGGCACAGUACCUGGAAAUGCAGUUGAGUAACUGGAAGUAUAGGAUGUUAGGAGGACAGUCUGCUUGAGACCUGAGCCAAUGGAACAACUCAAUAAAGGAUUUCAACCC